UUUAAUGUAAAUUACUGUAUAUUAAAUGUCACUUUUUAGCGCGAAAGCUGAGUGCUGAUUUGAAAAACAGUAAAAACAUGUUGAAAAGUGUUGUAUACGUUCACAGUGAGGCUAUUCUUAGUCAAAUGAGAAAAUUGGACAUAAUCGAAAAUCGUUCACAAAUUGUACAUGAAUUGAUCAAAUCAUACGGACUAUUAAAUUAUUGUCAAGUUAUUGCCCCACAAAAAUGCUCGUAUGAAGAUCUACGGUCGUUUCAUAGUGCAGACUAUGUUGAUUGUCUGAAACAAUACACAACUUCACAGGAAAUUUCUUAUGAACAAUUUGGGCUUGAGUAUGAUUGCUUGCCAUUUGAAGAGAUUUAUGAUUUUGUUACGACAGUGGCUGGAAGUACAUUAGCAGCUGUAGAUGCGAUCAUAAAUGGUGCUUCUAUUGCUAUCAACUGGAAUGGUGGAUGGCACCAUGCACAGAGAGACAAGGCUGCGGGAUUCAGUUAUGUGAACGACAUAGUCAUUGCUAUCCAUAGGCUGAGGACAAAAUUUCAGAAAGUUCUUUAUUUGGAUCUUGAUAUACAUCAUGGUGAUGGUGUUGAACACGCUUUCAACUUCAGUAAAUACGUCAUGACCAUUUCGUUCCAUCAGUAUGAGCCAGGUUUUUAUCCGGGGACAGGUGCUGUUUCCGAUAUUGGUUUUGGGAACGGUAGAGGCUACACAAUAAACGCACCAUAUUCACGUUACAUUUCGAGCGCUGCGUUCGUGGCUUAUUUCAGACAAAUAGUAUCUGCGGCAUUCGAGACAUUCCAGCCUCAAGUGUGCGUUAUGCAAUGUGGAGCUGAUGUUAUUGUUGGAGAUCGUUUAGGUGGAUCGAAUUUGCUUCCAGAGGAUUGUAUAGAGGCUAUGAAGGAGAUAUUUACGUGGAAUAUUCCAAUCACAUUCCUGGGCGGAGGCGGGUAUAACAACAUUAAUACAGCUAAAUAUUGGACCCAACUGACAGCAUCAAUCCUUGGCGUGACCAUUCCGAGAGAUAUUCCAGAAAAUAAUUUUUUUCUACUUUACGGUCCAGAUUACGUUCUAGAUAUUUAUCGCGCCAACACACAAGAUGAAAAUUUACAGCAUGAUUUAUUAAAAAAUGCAUCAAUUAUAAAAGAGAACUUGAAUCGGUAUGUUUUGAAUGUGUUGAUUACUCGAUGAAUGCAGUAAAUGGACUAUAACAUAUAUAUAUUUUACUACUGAACAUCGCAUUACAGUUCGUUCUUAUCCUGUUUCGUAGUACUUUCAGUCUCUGAUGACGAAUCCGAAAGUUGUUCGUACAAACAUUUAUGGUUUUUCCCCUUCAAAACACGAUCCUCGCAUAAAUACUCAAUAAGGGGCUUCUUCUCCUGCAUGUGGAAAUACCAAUUUUCGAUGGCACCUUCGUAGUUUUCAACCAUUGUUUCACAUUGGGUUUUCAUCUGUGUAAUUUCAGCUGAUGGUUUAUCCCACAGUUCGUACGGGAUACCAAGAUCAACCUUUACCCCUUUGUUCACCAAUCCGUGAAGGGUUUGGAACGUUUGGGACAUUCCCUUAGCAAAUCUGGUGCUAUCUUUCCUUUCUUUAUGGAUGUUAUAUUCCAGAAUACGUUCGCACACAUUUUCCAUUGACUCAAGCAGGCGCAAUUCACUUUUGCGAUAUUCCGUCCGUUUCUUUGGUUUGACAUCGUCUAGAGAAUAUCUGGAAAAUAUUGAAUGGACAAAAACAUACUUUAUAAUUCUACUAACUGUAAUCAAUUCAAAACUCACCCCAACUCAAUCACAUCUCGGGAUUUUCCCGUCUCCGCAAGACGAGCCUCUAAUUCCGUUGCUAGAAUCUUGCAAGCCUCGCAUUUGCUGGCAUAUUUCACUCCUUCAUUUUCUUCAGGACCACACCAAACAAACGAGACAAACAGAAGAACAAGGAACAUAAUUUGCAUCCUUCCAAAUCGUGAUUGUUGCGCCUAAACUAAUUAACUAAACACUCCAAUGCAUAGAUACUAUGACGAACUGGCCGGUAAGUGAUGAAAUAUAAACAAUCCUAUAUCCUAUCCAAGGCGUUUAAUAAUAGCGAAUUCGUUUUUAAAACUGAGUCAGUGCCGAACUGACUCUGUAAUAAAAAAACGUUUUCAGUUUCACGAAUGCGUUGGUUUGUUGGUGUACGUUAUAUAGUCUGAUUUGUUUAUAUUUACGACGGCAAAUGUACAGUGUCGACGUCUGGUGGUGAUAUUAGUGCUUGGGAGGUAAAUUGUUCUCCAUCAGAUCAGAAGGGCCAAGUGCAGUGUAAACAUAUAAAAGUUUGAAUGAAAAUUUGUACUUCAUAUUGUUCGAUUACCUAACACAUGUAGUUCUGACACUCACUUAACCAUUUGUCGAUGCAUUUCCUGUUUGUUCCACAAAUAAUUACUAUUAUAAUAUAAAAUCAUCAUUAGACACAGUUUUCGUUCAAUAUGUUUCUGCGAUAUCGGAAAAAUCCUCUUAUUUAAUCACAUAAAAUAAAUAUUCGAUACGUUAAAGUAAAUUUUCAUUCAUAAUUUUGAUUUUGAAAUUUAUUCCACCUGAAUAUCCAUCAUUAUUUUCACCUCCCAAUGAAAGCACACGUAGCUUAAUGCCGUCUACUCGAAUAUACUCUUCAAAAUCAGAAUCCGAAUUGGAUUACGCUUCCAAUAAUACAAAAGCAAAAGCAGCA